AGUCUCAUCCCCUAGCUGUCCCCUCAAUCACGUAUUUUGAUUAUUUCUUCUACUUCCCCAGUAGAAGCGGUAUUUGUGCUCAUAGAGGGUUAGUACUACAUCUAACUACAACAGUUAGUCCACAAUGAUCCUCUGUUCUAUCUUGUAACUAGCGGCACGAGGAGGUACAUACAACAAGGAAGGACGGCAGCGAAAUGAAGACCAUGGCCGCGGCCACGAAGAGGUGGAAGACCAAGACGGCUGGUUUUUGUUCAACCACACGGCUACUUGUUUACUUAUUUUCGGCCGCACGAGGACCGCAGCUCAUCAGGGGUCAACAAGGGGAUCAACAUCAUGAUCAAAAUCACCGUCCUCGCCGGGAUAUGCAUUACAAAAGUUGUAUCUUCGCACUCGUAUAAAAAUAAAUGCAUCACAAAUUUCGAUUUCCUCAGCAUGAUGAGAAAUAGAAUGUGUAAUGCGGACUUAAUACCUGCUGCUGCUGCUGCUGCUCAAGGAAAAGACUUGUUAUGCAUGACUGCAAUUGGAAUUGCUACGAGUGCGAUAGUACAUUUGCAGUGCAUACGGGACGCCCGGAAGUUUCUCAGCCCCGACAUCCAAGUUGAGCAGCAGCCCGAAAGUUUUGUCGAGCAGCCCGAAAUUGAAAGCGUUGUCGAGCAGCGGGGGGCAGAGCGAAUACCUCUAGUAGGGGCGGGCCUCCGUGAAGAUGAUGUUGACGUGCUGGCUGACACCAGCGAGCAGUCGCAGCGGCUUUUACAGCACGCGGGGUUCUUGCAACAGCAGGUAGAAGAAGAAACCGAAGCAACUACGACCACUCUUGCUUCUACGUUGUCGUCAGCGGCUGCAACUAGUACUUCGUCAGACUUUUUGGAAGAGCAAAAAGCCUCGUCCUCCAUUUGGGUGGAUGAAGCCGGCGAAGUUGUUGAUGCUGUAGAAGCUGGAGGUCGUGCCAGCACCAGUAACGACCACGAUUUUCUUCUGAUGUCGGGGUCAACAUCUUCUGCUACUGGUACGGCUUCGGCUUCGGCUUCGUCAGGGGCGUCCGGGGGCAGUGUGGAGUCCUCGUCCUUUGUCACGCGGCAGGUCAAGACGGCAGAAGCGACGAAUCAUGGUGAAGGAGCGACGGAGCGGACCUCGCAUACUUCAGUGCUGCUGCCUCCGUUGUCGGCGGGACUGGGGAGCGGUGUUGGGAACGGCAAAAACAAACUCAAUCUCGCUCCAAAGACGGCAGAAGCGACGAAUCAGGGUUCAGUACCUCAAGGAGGUCAAGCUCCUCUGCCGACUUUGCUAGGCGCAGGCCGAGUAAGGCCGCAGGUGGGCCCACCAUCCUCGAAAGAUGGGCAGAAGAUGGAGCAAACCAAUGCCAAUGUGGAGCAGGCGCGGGCGGGGCGGGCGUCCCGGUAUGCAUCUCCAAGGGAUAAAAAUAUCGGAGUAAAAACGAUUGGCGGAGGUGGAGUUGUUGCUGCGACCGGCGAAAAAGAAGCUCGGGGUAACGGUAAAGGACAAGAAAUCAAACAUGAUACAAAAACAAAAAGUGAAAAGAGUGGACCGUCUUCGUCUAUGGCAGUGUCAGGAUCGAAAUCGACAAAGUUGAAGUAUAGUAGUUUGCACUUCAUCAUGCAUGAAAUGCGAGCGACAGGCAAAGUGUGCCUCUACUAAACAGCCGGCAAGUGAGGCCGAUAAUUGUACACCUCUUCAGAAGUAGAGGUAGUAGAAAUGGAGCUAGUGACGAACUAGCACUAGCACAGAACAAGCAGUCUGCUUUAUUUCUCCAACAGCAUCAGCAUGACAGACUGGCUUUCGGAUCUUCCAAAAUGUGACACAGCCCGCUUGAAAAUUGGGGUCGGUAACUGGAACUGGUCGUGUCGCCCGGUGUCUUUGUUUUAUUUUUAUGUACUGUAGAUAUAAACAUCAGCAGCAGCUUUUUCUUUUUGUUUUUAUUCAACUUUGUGGAUUUCAGUGCUGACAUGUUCCAUAUCGUUUUGGUUUCCGUCCUUUUCAUCGCUGAAGGACAACGUGUCGUCGCUGAAGAACAAGGCCCUGGCGCAAGUGGAAAAGGUGAAGAAUUCGGCCGUGGGCCUUGGUUCGCAUAUGGUGAAGAAAUUCAAGGAGUCCGAGUUCGUCAAGAGCCUGAGGCGCCACGCCGGCCAGGCUCUGGACAAAGCCAAAGGCGCCGCGGAGCAGGCUACACUCAUGGGCAUGCAGGCGUUGGACAACUACGUGAGGGGCAACCCGUGCCAGCUGCCGAUCUCCCUGGACAGCGCGCCCACUACUGCUCAGGAAGAUAACCAAGUGAUCACAGCCGGGCCGCAGCUGUUUCUCGCUACCAGGCAGGUUACUUUGCCGAAUGGGCAAACUCGGGCGCAGACCAAAUUCGUCGCGGCGCCGUCCAGGGACACCGGCACGUGGAAAAGUUUCUUUCUGCAGCCGUGGAUCGGGAUGUUUGACGAGAAGAAGUCCACGACCCUGUCCUCGUCUGAUCCUCAUACGACGAGAUCUUCAACCGAUGCCGCAGCUCCUGCCACUGCUGGUGGACGAGAGGAGAAAAAUUUCGACAAAACCGAGUGGCACGCCGUCGCCGUGCUGUCUGGGGGUCUCAAGCAACAGACUGUCUGUUCGGCCGGGCUGGUGCCCGUAACGGCCUCCCUGGUGCGGCACGCCGCGCCCUUCACGAGUCCGGCAGGUUGUCGCAGCCUCGAACGCGCUUUCGUGAAAGACCCGCAGCCGGUCCAGGAAGUGAUCAGCUGUCCCACGCCCCUCUAUCCGCUGCAAAUCAUUUGUCGGGGUCGGGAAGGUUGUAAUGCUAAUGCUAGGCCGUGAAGGUGAAGGAUGGAUCAUGUCAGCAGCCACGUCCGUGAUGAUGAUGAACGAAGAUCAUGGGCGGCAUACGCGCCGCAUUGCAAUACGCUGACGCAACAAACUUGCUGCAUGAUGGUACUAAAUGUUCUUUGCGCUAGUAUUUUGCAGUUCGUCUUGUUCAUCAUCGUCCGCAUAGCACGACCAGGCUAGGUUUCAAAAAUAUUUGCAUGACAGCAGGAGGAUCAGGAACAAGGAAGACUACGUUUUCGUGCCGAUGCAUCACAGAUGGAUUUCAGACAUGCUUCCAGCCGAGGCGCAAUUUCGCAGACCUGGCAUUUGCAAAUUUCCUUUUCCAGACCCAGACACAUUUGCAAUGCAUAUUCUCCAAGAAGGAGCAAAAGGCUGGAGCAAAUUUGCCGCAGGAAUGGCUGGUCGCUUCGUCGCAAACGUGGAUCGGAUGGAGCACAUUGACGAGAAAUAUCCUGCUGAGGAAAAACUACGUCCCAACCCAGGUUUGUCAAGUGCAAAUCUGCAACUGCAUCAUGCCUGCAAUGUCGUCGUGCCACUCACGCGCGGACUCGAUUUGAGAAGCAUUUUGAUUUUCUCACACUAUCGGGGAGUUUGUCAUGCGGCCAGAAUCAGGAUUAUUACUUAGGCGAAGAUCGGUUUAAGGUGCUGCUGCUGCUGCAGCGCUAGCUAAUAAACACGAAGACUGCACGUACACGACUGUGAUGGAGGAGGUCCAAACUUGGCACGCCCGACAUCAGCCAACUUGUUUAUACAUAGGUAGGUAGGUACUAAUAUUAUACGCCGGCAUUAUACAGUCCAUGAAGGUCUUGUUGCCUCUGGGUCGGAAAUAAAAACCUUUUUCCGCAGGAUUGGAAAAUUCACUUUCGCAUCGCCGCAGAGGAGGUCGGGCCGGAGUUUGAAACCUUCCAAGUGGCGCAAAGGAUUCUCCUGUCCUUUCCCUCCAAGACAGACAAGGAAAUGCCCGCGAAAGCGACCAUGGUCGCGGAACUCGAAUUACACAGCCGGCUGGCCGUGCGCGCGGCGCUCGCGACCGGGGCGUUCGACUUGGACCAUGGUGCGGGGGCGGUCUCCCUGCGCAUUCUGGACGAAACAAGUACGGGGACGAACGGGUUGAAAUACAACGACGUCGCUGCCUACACGAACAGCCACAAUGGUUACACGGCUCUGGUUUUCCAGUCCCAUGCGUACUGUCCACUGAUGCAGCGCAAGAAGACGGUGGAGUGGAUGGUCGUGGGAGAAGGGGGUAAUAGAUUGAAAGUGUCUAUGGAUCAGACGAAAACGCGGCCUUUGAUUUUAUCGACACGGAUGGUAGAUUGGCGCUGGAUAUCAAAUGUAAAAAUGUCUGGGUCUGGAAGAAUGCAAGAUUUGUGAUGCAGGUUUUCCAUGAGCCAUGAGGUCUAGAAUGCGAGACCCAGCAUGGCAGAUUUUUUGAGGUCUCUAUCAUCCCUUUCCUGCAUGAGAAACUCCCUCUCAACUUGGUCAAAAGCGGACAGCUUUUGGCGCUCACGCAACACAGAUUUUUACAUCAUUCAGAUUUAGCAUGACAAGUUCUAACCUUCCAGACCCAGACAUUUUUGCACUGGAUACUGGAGGAACCGGGAACAGGAAGAUCCGAACCCAAAGUCGACGAAGUUCUUCGCGCAGUUGCAAGAGCUUGGCGCAGAAGCUAAAGCAUUCUGGCACGGGAGUCGUCCCCUCGUAAACGAUUUUUUCGAAGAUUACAAGCGGCAGUCGGGCGUGUUGCAGAAAGAAUGGUACUUCCAGGAUCAGCUGGACCGAUUUCUCACAAAGACUUUUCCCAAAGGUGAGUCUGUAACUGAGAUGGAAAAAGCGCAGCAGCGCAUUGGCGCGAUCCUGGACAAAGCCACGAGCUACCUGGUCCUAGCGGACUUUGAACCAUCAAGCGCUGACAGGGAGAUGCCACACCUGCCCUGUGAUUGCUCCGCUCUGCCGAUACACCAGAACUUUGCCGCCACUCGAUCGGACGUGGCGGCAGGCCGGAAAUUGUUGAUUGGAGAGCUUGUUGUCCCGCAUGACGAAGAUGCAGACGAGCUCUUGGACGAGGCAGCGAACAAUGCGGACUGGUGCGAAAAGCAUUUAGCCGGCAAAGUCAUCGCUGAUGGUUUGGACAAGAUGAGAGUGACGCUGGAUCAUGUUGGAGGCAACGGAGCAGGUGCUGUCAACACCGCCAAACCUCCCAAACAAGCUCUCAAGUUAUGCCUACGCACCGGGGACCACGUCGCCCAGGAGGUUACCAGAUACAUUCCCGAAGACAUGUUGCUAGCUGCACUGGAUCUGCAUCGAAGCGGUGACGAACCAACAAGCGGUCCGAAGCCCCCAGCAAUUGUGAAGGUGGAGUCUGUGAAGCCUUAUGCCGGUGCCGCACGGACGCCGCGUUUCGGCCGCUGCCAGCUGCGCCUGAUGGCGAGCAGCGACGACCUGCUGUCAGCGUUUACGCAUUGCAAAAGUAUCGCACUUCUAGUAUAAAUCACAUCACAGAUGAAAAUAAUGACUUUGGCAAGAAGAUGAAAAGUGAAGCUUGUAGCGCUAGUACAUUACCUAAGAUAGGCAUAGGGGAUUUAUUCUCCUGCUGCAUGACCGCAAUUAUUACGCUUGCGAUACUUUAUUUACACUGCACAGCGUUUAUGAAAUGCAAAAGCAUCGUACUAGUAUGAUAAAUCGCAUGACAAAUUCCCUCAGCGUGAAGAAUGGAAUUUGUAAUGCGGAUUUCCCUUAAGAAAAAGAUUUGUAAUGCAUGACUGCAAUUACUACCCUUGCGAUACUUUUACACUGCACAGCGUUUGUCGAGGAGCAAUUGCGUGACAUUCGUGCCGAAACUGCUAGGAAAGAAGAGAAAGAGUCAGUGCGUGCCUCGAGACUCUCAAGUGUCAGAGGCGAGCUAGUAAAAGAGCUAGACGCUCACGUUCGUCAGAAAAAGGCAGUGGAGAGCGACAUGGCCUCCAAACACAUGGAGCUGCCGGAAGAUGCACAGCAAUGCGAGAGAGAACUGAAGGAACUGUAUGACAAACAAGAACUGAUCCAGUUACGGGCGUUGGGACCAAAUCGAAGUGCAAGAGCCGACGCAUCGAAUCGAGGUUCCACUCUUGACUCAACACGAAGAAGAGCCGACGAUUUUUCGGAAGUCGAGGAGGGGCAGCGUAGCAGGGACGACGCCGAGGAGCUGGACGAGUUGACCUUGAAUGAAAAGUAUUUGACCCCGCUGAAAGCAAAGCUGGACGAGUGUGCGGACCGCAUCAACCGCAUAUACCCACCAGGAACACCGUCAGCGUGGAGUAAAUUGACGGACUACCAUGGUUCGGAAAAGGCCAAGCAAAUUCAGAAGGAAGAGGAGCAAAGAAGGUAUGCAGAACUUCUGCGCGUGCUGGACGAGGCGCUGUCGAAAGAUAUCGAAGCCUAUCAGGACAAGCUGCCGAAACGGGGGCAAGACCACCCAGACCCCCAACAACAACAACAAGGUCCACGGUUGCAGGGGUUGAGAAAGUUGGGCGCCAUUGCGAUGAACGCUGUGGAGGAGAAACGAAGAAAGAUACAAGAGGCCAUAUCAAAUGCAAAAAUGUGUGGGUCUGGAAGGUUGCAACUUGUGAUGCUGCAUUUGGAUUCCAAAAAAACUUCGUAUUGCAUGAGCAGCAAAGACAGAGAAUGCAAUUUUUGCUACGCAGAGAGGACAUUUGUCAUGCGGACUAGGCAUCAAGAUGCCCUCAAAAAAUCUGUGAUGCUAGGGCAUGCAUCACAGACAUCAUGGGUCAUGGAAAACCUGCAUGACAAGUCCCCUGUCUCGCCCAUCAAGAUCCCUAAUCCGUAGCUCCUAGACGUUGCCUGGCCCGCGAAUGACUCCACGGCAGCCGGAUGUCUAUAACCCGCUCAGGAAUUAACUUCAGCAUGAUUUUUAAAAAAAAGUAGGUACUUUUUUCUUUACUUAUUUAAAUUAAAUUAGCUAUGUAGAAACCCACACUUUGAACUAGCUAGAUCGAAGGUCGACCAGGUCCUUUGCGGAUGCGUCCCGCAACGCUGGAGAGGGUCGAAGACGGUUCGCGUUGGAGGCCAUUUUGGUGGUCUAUUUCUAUUGAAUUGCUCGACCGGAACGACACCUAUGAGAAGCGUGCCCUACUUCGGUUACCUGCUGGGCAAGAUUUGAUUCGGAUUCUUUGCAUAGACAUCAAGCAAAAAAACUGUGAAAAUUGAGCGAAUAAAGGGAAAGCUCGGUGAUAAUUUGAAUAUUCAUGGUGUAGGAGUAUGGAUUUCAGUGUGAAUGUACUGCGUUUGAUCUGUUUCAGGGCCUGGCGAGGUUAGAACUUCCCAAUUUUUGUAGUAUUUUUAGCAAGAUCCCACGAGCAGACUACGACAAAUUGACUCAUCAAAUUGCAUUGUUUUUGUAUAUCUAAACAAAGCGACCUCAAUUUUCACAGUAAACAAGCAUACUCCUCUCUCAAUCGAGUACGAAUAUGGGAACAAGACCGGGACAAAUUGAACAAGCAGUACUGCGUGCUGUUUUGGAGCUAGUGGAGGACGAUUUUGAGGUGCAUGUCGUCGCCGAGUCCAAAACUGAUCUAUAUACUCGACCUAGAUUACAUGGACCUCUACAACUACUGGCAGGCGGUGGCUCCCAGCACUACGAUUGGGUCGGUAUCCAGCUCAAAACUAGCAUGAACUGGAGUCAGGAAUGGGUUCGGCGAUUGCGAUACGUGUUGAACCACCAACGUGAUGCACUGCAUGGACACUUGUUGUUGGGGUUUUGUGAAGCCGAACCAGAUCAAAUCUUCGUCGAGUCGGUGCACCGAUACAAGUCCUACGAGGGAUACGAUGUGGAGGGGAAGAUGAAAACGAAGUCGGAGGCGCAGGCGUACCUGCGGAGGGCUCAUUGGGGAGAUGAUUUGGUGCACUAUCCGCAGCCGACUGGUAUGCUUUCCGCUUACAGUCCGCAAAACCGUAUCGAGAAAAUGGCCCGUAAAGCGUUUAUGGACAAGCUUGCUGGCUCGACUAUCGAAUACAUGCCCACAAGUGCGGAGUCUGGCGCUGUCGACGGCGAGAUCAAGGUAUCUGGUGGCACGCACCAGCUUUGGCGUGAUAUGGCAUGAAUUUGUGACACAACACCCACUAAAUGCCCAAACUACACAACAAGUGCAUGCAAUCAGGGAGCUUUGCAUGCAAGUUUAAACCUAUCAAAGCGCACUGCUUCGCGAUAAGUACUACCACGUAGAUGGGUUGUGUUUCUUGCCGGAAGCUUUGAUACCUAUCCAGGAGAAGGUUUUGACAGCCAGGACCGAGCGCGGCAAACAAAUCGUAUCCAACUAGAGACAUGAAGUAGAUGCAAUCUAGCAUGACAAAUUAGAUUGACUAGCGCUUUUGAUGUAGUUGCCGACGCUGGACAUAGUCUGGAAGUGCGCUCGAUGUGGUCUCGCAUGACAAGCUAGUAUGCUUUCUACUUCGUUUUUUUUCUUCCAUGAGAAGGACUUCGGUGCCCACUUCGCAGGUAUCAAGGUGGUUUCUGCGCACUAAUGUCUUCCUUCUCAGUAUUGAAUUGCUACCUAAUCCCAGCGCAUCCAUGAAAUUUCCACCGGUUGGCAAACUCAUAUGCAGUACGUACCAAAACCGCCAACUCCAGAGCAUCCGGAAAGCCCUACUCCGAUUCCGACGCGGAUUUUUUGCUUCUCCACUGCAGAACAGCUCCAGAACCAAACCAAUUUGGAGAACUACACGGCUCGGCGCUAAUACCAUGGCAUGUCUUGGUGGAGGGGGGCUAUGUUGCAACAAAAGGAACUAGGUACUUUUUUGUGUAUGUCUAAUGCUGGAUACAGAUUAAAGGGUCACUCUAUAGGAUAACGCAGCGCGUUUCUCAUGCAAUAUGGGACAAAAAUAGGCACUGUUUUUUUAUGAGAGAAAGAAAAGCACAAAUAUUACGACACAGGACUGCAGCUGCAACAGCAGGACGGACGAUUCUUGGCAUCUAUCCGACUGCUCCUGGGGUGCGAACCCCACGACCGAAUGGACGACUCGAACGAUAUUACGCUCCAUGCACGAACGUUCAGGCUUUUCAGGACCGACUCAAAGAGAUUAUUUUGGCGGUUGAGAUGCCCUUUCCUACCGAUUCACAGCUGAGCAGCACUACAGCAUCUUCAAGCAGAACGAGAUCACGAAGUAGCCACCGAUAGCCGGGCUGUUGUGGUGAACAGGAGCAGAGUACUGGAAAAGAGGACGCAGAUUUUUGAUUCUUCCGCGGAAGAGGAGUAUCAAAAUGCCAUACCAUCUGGUGUACACAGUGCAUGUGAUUUUGUGGCUGUUUACUACAAAAGAACAUUCAAAAAUGGUUGAUGAAGUUGAAUAUUUGUUAAUUUUCUCCUGAGGAGAGGAGUGCUCGCGGGGUAGUUUGUCAUUAAAAAGCGCCACCAAUCUUGUGCGAUUACUGUGGCAGCUAGUCCUGAAUUUCUAAAUUCAAAUUUAAUUUUUACCUUCAUAAGCAUGACACAUCAAGUGAUAAAACAUAUUUUUUCUUCGAAAAUGGAAACGAAAACAUCGCGCCUAAAGCCGUGUUUUAAUCGUAAUCAACUAUAUUUUUUUAAAAUUUUGUAGUGCGAAACAUCGACGUACAAGUCGUUUUUCAUUUCUAUUUUUUUAAAAUUGUGAUCAGUUUCACGUAAAAGGAGCACUAAUAAAGGAACUUUCUAGCUCCAGUGCUCCUGGUCGAGGGGAGUUCUCCUCCAUAAAAUAAAAUUAAAUAAUAUUUUGUAGUGAGUCGCCGGUGCGGAAAAAAUCGGGCUUAGCUUCCCGAUAAAGUGUAAAAUACGUUGUAGCUUAUAACCUGUUGACCGUAGAUGUUGUGUGCAGAUGUGAGUUGCUGUUUCAAGAACUAUCUACGAGCCAAAACUCCAUCAAUACGUAAGGUUUUAUUUUUGGUUUUUCAUACCAGAAAGUCAACUACUUCGCACCAUUGUUCCCGGACGGUUUGGAACCACCAGCACCGGGCGCGGGACUGCCAGGCGGGUUCCGACCGUUCUUCUUGUCGUUAUCCUUCUUCACCUGCCGGGGCGGGGUUUUCGGCUUCACGAAAUGUAUCACAAUGAAAAGACGCAGCUUCGCAUGGUUGUGUGACCUGUGCCGCAUGAUCUUGAUUAUUUCAGCAUCACAACAAGCCCACAAAGAAAAAAUCCAGCGUUUUUUCUUUAUAGAAUGAUAUAUCAACCAGAUGAAGCUGCGUUUUUUCAUUUUGCAUACACAUGUUGUAGAGUUUUUCCAGCGUGUUCAGCGCGGGCUUCGCCGGUGAUUUGUUUUUCGCAUUGGCUCGUUUCUUCACGAAGUCGUCGGCGGCGAUGAUGAAACAGCCUUCCGGAAUGGGGAUCAGUUCGUUUCUGUUGGGAGCGUGGAUGUCGAUCCGCUUGAACCAGCACUCGUUCUUCUUCAACUUGAACUCCCGGAUGGGGAAGGGGAGGAGGUUCAAAGCGACGUUUUCGUCCAACCCGAGGUCAUUGUCGGUCAAGCUCAUCUCGGGAGCUAUUUGGACGACAUUGGGUCUCACCCUCCAGUGGAUCCGCAACUUGUCCAUGCCCGCCCCCUGGUUCACGCGGUGGGAUCUGAUUUCGCACAACCAGUUGAUUUGGGAGGUGAGCCUCCCAAAUUGGUAGAUGAUGGUCGGCUUGUGGCGUUCUAGCUGUCCCAGGUCGGGGUUGAUCGGAUUGUUGAUUCCGCCUUCCGGACGACCCAACUGCGGCUGGAACAUCACGUUCCGGGGUGCCACGCCAGUGUUAUUGGGAUCCGCGGGCGCCAGUCCAAUCGCCGGCUGGAUCCUCACCUCCACUCGUUCACCACCCAGCACCUCGACGAUCUCCUGUCGCAACGCCAUCCGGUCAGGCGUCAGAUUACCCGUCACGAUUCUCCGGUACAACUCCUUGCGAUUAUCCUUGGUCAACCGCGUCAGCAGGUCCUUGCUCAGCAUCUGGCUAGUAUGAAACUGAAAAACCUUCCAAAGUUAGAUCGAGGUGAAAAUUUGCAUCACAAAUUCAAAAAAAAACUUCACUCCACUGAUGUAGCUUUAAUUUUAGUGAUCAGCUGCACACGAAUCCGCAUGACAGAUUUGUCUCUGCAAUGCAUGACAGACACGACGAAGCUUGGAAGUGUUUUCAGAUAGAUAGGUCGCGACAUUUCCUCUCCAGAUUUUGUGCAGUGCCUGGAGCUGGAAGAACGUACUGAAUCCAUCCCAGUGAUCCAUGGCGACCCCAGUAGGCGUGAUCCACGUGUCGUUCGCCAGCUUCACGAUGUACGCCGGCGGAUCGAGGACUGCCAGCACGGGUAGCUGGCCGCCGUAGAUGCGACCACCUGCGAUUAUAUUUGUUGAAUAUUGAAACGAUGCGCAGUGAUUAGAGUGAAAGCUUUUGUUUUUCAUGCUGCUUAAUCAUACCGAAGAAAGAAACGUCAUAUUGUCGUGCAUUUUUGUAUAGUGCGAUCAUUUGUAUUUUACUGGGCACCAGCACAUAAAAAGGAACUGAAAAAGCAUAUACUUGCCAUGUUUCGUCCAUAAGUCUUGAUGUGGUCCAUCUCAUACGGCAUGUAGAACUCCUUGUUGGCCGGGUUUCCGUAGACCUUCAGGCGGGUCAGCUGGAACCAGUCAUCGUCAGAGGCACACACACGGUAGUACUCGUCACUGAAUUCGUAGUUGUUGCCGACGUACGGGUUGAACACGAUAAACUCAUCCGGGUUUUCCAAGCGCGUUCCGAAGCGGAAAACUUCAGAGAUUUUAUUUCCGCAUCUGCGCAUGAACGAGAGCUCCUCCUUCGUCUCCGACGGUCCAUCGAGGAUUUCGAACAUCUUGCAGGCCUUGAAUCCGAAUUUGGCCGGCUGGGUGGCGGUCCACGUGUCAUCGGCCAUGUCGUCCAGCAUCGCGGAUAAUUGCAGGGGUGCACUGUGGUAUAAGAGAUAGUUUUUUUUGUCAUGCGCAAGAUCAUUUGACUAGGGAGAUUGACCAUCAGAUACACAACAUGAAAAACACUGGAUGGCCUAGGGUAAAAAUGAAGUCAGUAUGUGCCUGGUUUUCUUGUUCCACACCUUCUGCCCCAUGUUCCGCAUCAUGUCGUAGCACUGCGUGAUCAUCGUGUACUUCUUGUUGGCCUUGAUCCGCGGUUCACCCUUCUGCUUCAGGUACUCCCCAAAAUUGUUCGAGUUCAUCGCCUGCGACUUCUGCAUGUCGGCCACAAUUUUUUCGAAUUCUUCGGGGGUAACCGGCCACAUUUUUUCCGGGCAGAUCGUGAUCGGUGGCCAGUAUCGCGGGUGCGACUCGGCGUGCUCGAUUCGAUCGAGUUGUUUCGAAACUGUGUUGCAAAUUGACAUUAUUUUUUUGGAUUUCCCCUACAUCAGGAGCUGGCUAGAUACAACUUGCAUGCGUGGUCAUGGGAGAUGUGCUGUAUUUAGCAUGACAAACAAAGCAAUCAAAGACGAAACCUGGAAAACUUUGCAUGACAAAAUAAAAGCAAAAAUAUAUAGAUUAUAUAUGCCAUACCAAUCGCGUCGUCGUUGGCGUGUCGCCCUCUUUGCCGCACGUUUUCGUUUUGCAUGUGAAAGCUGUUCGUAGUGAUCGGUAAACAAGCAACGAAACCACCUCCCGCUUUCAGUAUGGCAGACCGCAUAAAAUAAAGAUACUCGAAUAGAGAGUAUUCUUUUGGUUUCCAGCAAGUUUCACUCUCCCACUCCCAGAGAUUAUCAAUCUCAUAGCUUUCGCGAAUCUGCGACUCAUUGGUAAACUCGCUUAUCGGCAAGGAGUAGAACACUUGGUCGACCCAUUGUUCCACCAACUCUUCCCCGUUCUCCCACUUCCCCAACGUUCGCAGAUUCCGCUUCGCAGACACGGUCGGGUUGAACAUCAUGGGAAUGAAUUGUUUUAGCUUCACGAGCUGCUCGUCCGACACCUCCAGGUCCCCGUACGUCAACUCCACCCAAAACCCCAACUGGGGGUCGUACCGGUCGGAAUAUGCAAUACAAAACUGGCACCAUCACUUCCGCCUUGCAGCAUCACAAAAAGCACAGAUAGAAGUCAGUAAAUGUUUUGGUUUGCAUUCUGGGAAAGAUGACAGUUUUGCAUAUCAUAUCCAGAGAGCAAAACUCACAACCUUCCGGUAGAUUUUCCAGGAGGAUGACGUGUACAUGUUCCCGCGAAUGUACUGCUCCGCCAGGUGGCUCAGCAGCUGGUAGUUCAUGUGUUUUCCCUUUUUCUUGUAGAUGUUCUGGAUUUCCACCGUGCUGUACUUCUUGCCAAGCUCGGCGGUGGGGUCGUCAAAAAAUCUGCGAGCGGUGUCGACCAAAACCGGAUCCGUCAGAACUGGCGUGAGCCGCCCCGUGGUUUCGAUUUUGUGGAUCAAAAAACUCAGGUCACAGUGGGCUGCAGUAACGUCGACGCAGGCGUCCAACUCCUCCUCACUCAAAUUGAGUAGACAAGUCAAAGUUUCCGCAGGUGGGUAUGCAGAUGAAAAACAAACCAAGUGCAAAUUUGUCAUGCAAAAAAUGAAGAAAGAUCAAGACUAUGACAGCCACGAUGUAAGACAUUUGUCAUGCCAUUUAUGCGAUAGUCAGGUAAUAAGGCAUCUACACUUGGUAUUUUUUUCACCCCAUAUGUAUCCUCUCCAACCGAUCGGAUUAUUUUCCUGGAGGUCCCUGUCGGUCUGCGCAACCACCUCUCCACCCUCACGCUCGAUGAUCUGCUUCACUUCGUCCGGGUUCAUGUUCUCGAUGUUCGCAUACUUCAAGGAUUCCACCGGAUCGGUCAGAGCGCUGAGAUACAUCAACCACUUCCCCUUGUUUGGCUUCACCAGUAUGAAAAUGUAAAACUUACGGCGAAUAGAAUGUAGUCAGAAGUCAUGAGGGGGUAAUGCAUCUUGAGCCCACCUGCGCAUCAUGCUUUCUCUGCAUGACAAGUCGUUGCUUUUCCACAUUCAACAGCAUGAAAUUCUUGCAUGCAAGUAUGUAGCUACAGUGUCAUGCUGGAAGGCUAUCUGAAACCGACUAGAUGCGAGCACAUAGUAGCACUAUCUAUGCGCUUUGCUUGCAGACUAUUCGUCGUGUUUUACAUUGCGCAAGAGCCCGCGCAACGAUAGCCGCACCUUGCCACCGGGUUGCGUUGUUGUGCGUAAUCAUCUGACCUGAAAUAUGAUUCAUUUUGUGACAUGGUUGAAGACAAAAACAGGCCGUGACGCUGGGGAAGAUAAUAUAGAUAAUCUAGAUAGCAAGCUCAUUAAAGUGUACUAAAUUGAUGAGAAAAAAACUGAAUCCCGGCGCCAUACUGGCGCAGCGCGGGCAAAAAAGCGCGACUGGCAAAGCUGGCGUGGUAGGAAAGCAGACGACUUUUCGUCUGAAAAAGGCAAAAAGACUAAAGUGAUCAAUUUUGAUCAAUUCUGAAAGCCAAUCCGCAUGCUAUGGUGCUCUGGAGAGGCUUCGGACCUGUGAAAAAACCUAGCACGAAGCAAAAAAGAGUCCAUUUUUGACGAUUUUCAAAAGCUAGCCCCGAGCUAACGAGGUUGAUUUUUUCGUUCGGACCUGUGAAAAAACUAGUUUUCCGGAUCCGGUAGAAACGAGCCUUGAUUCUGGCUCCAAAAAUUGACCCGUUCCACGACCUGAGUAGGUCUAUUCAUUACAGAAAUACCAACCCCCCCUAGAAGGGGCGUCUCCUCGUCCUGGUCAUCUAGCGGAGAAAGUGAUUGUUUUUAUUACAAAAAGUGCUGGUUUGUCAAAGAUCAAAAGACAAGAAGAAAGUAGGUUCUUUCUGUGAUGCUGCGCCUUUUGUAUAUGGAUCGAAUCAGUACCAGUAGGGAGAUGUAUACUGUACAUGUCUAAGGAAACAACUUUUGUUAUAGCUUACGGUCCCGAAAAGCAGCUUCUGCAUUCUGGUAGUCCCCAUCUCGGACCAUUUGAUCACGGAACGGGCGGUGGACGUUCGGGGUCGGCCCCAAUUCCUCCGCGAGCAGAUCACUGGCGAGCUUCAGCAGCUGCGCCUGGAUGCUACCACUGCAGUAUCACGUAAAAAAAAAUGCUCUUUUGCUGGUUCCACAGGAUAAUGAGGCUUGAAGUUGUGAAGCCUUAUCGCCUAAUGAAACCAGAAGAGACAGCGGAAGUUUUUCACUAUCAUAUGUUGUGGGUCAUCAUCUUCCGCUCCAUGGCGCGGUACGCUUCCAAGUUCGGGAAAAUAUUUAUGCAUUACAAAUCUUGAAAAUAUCCAUUUUAUGCAUUACAAAUGCUACUUAGAAUUAUGCAUCACAAACCUGCCGCAAGAUCGUUUUUAAUGCGAAAACCAGCACCAUGCGCUACAGUUGUUGGUUACAAUGGACAGCUUCAAGGUCGUUUUGGAUAUCAUCUUUCACCAUAUUGUUGCACAUGUGCAUCUUGGCGCAUUGCAUCGCGCCCGGUUUAUGAACAAACAAAGAAAAUCAAAAAGACACACACGUAGACUACAUCAUCAUAGUAACCGACAAAAUAGGCCACCAAUAGAGUGCAGAAGUGGCUUAGACGCACCGCGUGACAGCUCGCUAAUGGGCUUGAUGACAAGAAAAGUCAUCUUUGAUUGCAACGUAGUUCCACCGUGUAUAAUGUCAUGCAGGAUGGUGUGGCUGCUCUCUGAUAAUGAUAUACAUAAUUUAACAUGACACCGUGGUGCGUAAUAUUAUCCACCAGCGGACUACAUCCAUAAUUUUACUCCAUGUAGUCAGGUGGUGGAUAAUGUUAUGCAGGAUGGUGCUACACGUGCAUAAAUUUAACAUUUUUUUUGAUUUUCUUUGAUUUUCAUACGGCUGGUGCUGGUACCAGGAUUCCAAAAGUCGGAUGUUGUCGCUUCCCUGGUCGACCAUCUGGUGGCACUCGAAGGCGCCCUUGCUGUUCUGUCGGUCUUGCAUAGAAUCUGGUUUAUUUAUCAAAUAGGCAUUUGUAAUGCGGUAAUUCACUAGUAAAAGGCAACCAAAAAACCACUUCUGCAUGCGUUUCGUCCAAAGCUAAAUUUGUGAAACCCGAAGCCACAUAGUAAAGCACCGACAUUGACAUCGCCAAUCGGUGUGUUCUUGUGUAUGAACGUCUCCUGGAAUGGUUUCAAGCCGAAGUACUGUGUUAGCAACGCCCAAAUCGCACAGGCCAGGAACUGCGUCGCGACCAAUUCACCGCCGUCGUACAACCUGUUGAUGGAUCCGGUCUGGAAGGCGAGAGCCACCAUGCACAGGUCGUUGAACUUGUGUUGCCCCUGCACUUUCCACUCAAGUAUCCUUCUGAAAAGCAGUACUGGCGUCGAUUUGUAAUGCAAAAUAAGCAUCAAGCUCUGUACUUUUACUACCUUUGAUAUGCAUUACAAAUUGACUACAGUACUGCUUUUUCACGUGAUACGCACCGGCCUUGUGCCGUACGGUGUGCAGCCGAACUUCGGGUCGGACGUGUCAACUUUUCCGCGCCAGAAAACCUGAGUUGUGACGGCGAGGAGGAUGAAAAUACUGCCAGCUCAUGCAUUUGAUGUCUUGCGACGGAGGAUAGUGCUGCAUGAUAACGACUUCGUUUGUGAUGCAAAUCCCAGACAUGCAAAGUCAAUGGAUGAUGCGACUUGUAUUGCUGCACAUGAUAACAAAAAACAUUCAAUACGUUUGCCCCAAGAGCCCCGCGGGACCGCACCUGCCCUUUGUCGUGGCCCAUCGUCACGUGCUUGUAACUGGUUGGCUGCCAGUCGUCCAAAUACUCCUGCAUCCACCACCACAAAUCGUGCCAGUCCGCUAGGGGGAUGAAGUGCAGCAGCAUCGUGUACCACAUGUGGCGAUGGAGGCCGUAAGUCUGAUUGUGUUUAGGUGUAGAAUUUGCAUUCAGAACACCAUGCAGAGUAAUAUUAUUCACCACCUGUAGAUGGAGGCUUGGCGGCGCGCUUUCUAGAAGCAGAGAACUAUCCGCUUCGUGUCCUUGUCGCCGCGUUUUGAACCACUAAUAAAUGGCCCAGCUAAGCUGGGAAACAGCGCGGCAAAGCAGCAACAACAACAAAACUAGAAAGGAGUCCGCUUUUCUAGGCUCUGUGGCGCCGUCGUGGAUAAUGUUAUCCACGACGGUAUCAUUUACAAAGGAGGCGCUACGUUUAUGUCGCUCAUAGUACCAUCGUGGAUAAUAUUCUCCACGACGGCACUGCAGCCGAUCUAGUUUCUAGAAUUUUACUUCAAAUGGUGCCGUCGUGUAUAACGUUAUACACGACGGCACCACAGCCGUUAAUGUUCAGCAAAAGGCGAAGUGUAGCUUGGUCUGCAGUGGGUACUGCGCUGCCCUGGGCGCGCACCAGGGCACCCGCUUUUGUGCGUAGUACCAGUCCCACACAGCCGGACUGUGAAAGCGACUCACCAAGGAGCAGCAGACGCUGACUGAAAGCCAGCAACUUAGUACGCUUUUUUGUCCACAGGUGGCCAACCCUGAUCAUCCUGUUAUGCUGCAGCCAUAUGGAUCAUUAUCGUCUACUAGAAAAGCAAAAAUCUUAGUACUCGUGCUCGCCAGUCGUUGCAGUCACUACCCAACCGUCCUAAUUUUGUUUGUGCUUGGAUUUCCAGCGCACACACCGGUAUAUCGUACAGAAAAGACGAAAGGGAAAGAGCAAAACAGUAUCUACAGGCCACGCAUCACACUCACGAUUUGCUUUUUCAUCAUCGCGCGUUCGAAGUCAUGCUGAGGGAACAGUGCCUCGAAAAUUGUCUCCUUCUAUGCUGUUACUGCUCUUUCCUUUCGAUUUAUUUCAUUUUCAUACGCCGUCAUCCAAUUCGUCUCGUCCACAUUCAUCAAAAUGUGUCGCCACUCCGAAGCCGCAAACUUCAUCACCAGCUCGCCUCCCGGGGCAGUGCGCAUCCACCACAAGAAGCAAAUAGCCUGAGUUUUUGACAAUUGAGUGCAAUUUGGCAUGCAUUACAACUUCUUCUCAUCAGAUGUCGCAUGUGAUAAUUCUUCAUGCAGAAGAAACAAAAGUGUACCAGUGACUCGGCGGGACCGAACGUUUCUUUCAAUUUGUCGGAAAAUAUCAAGGCAAACACGACAGACGUCUACGACAGCUUCUAGCGCUUAGCUAGAGGGCAGCAACGUAGACGUCUGACCAGGGGAUUCAAAUUCAUACGGAGAAACAGCGUAUUCCGGCACCACAUGCGGACGAUGGUCUGUAACCAAUACAGGUAAUUCGCGUACCCCGGUGGACACAGCGUCUUCAAGUAAAAUUUCGCUCUUCCGGUGUGGAUGCACCUCAUCGGUUUCGACCACGUCGUAUCACGCGCAGGCGCGUAUCUCUGCGCGUUGCCGCCCCCUAUCUGCAGAUGCCCGUGCCCCGCUGGUGGUAUGCCAGCAAGCGGAAAUGGAUUGAGUCCCAGGACGACGGGUGCUCCUGGUGCAAGUUGGACCGGUCCGGGGACAUAUUGAUUUGGUUGCGGAUUUGGGUGUUGUAAAAGGUGGACGGCGAUGGGGUUGGGCGGGCCGUUGUUCGGAUUCCCCUGGAGCGGCGCGAGCCCGUUCAUUUUCAAGUGGAUGCAGCUAGCUCUUUAGCCAGCUGUGAAUCAAAACAUCAGGGGACUUACUUAAUCUUACGACAAAAACUACAUCUAUAUUACGCGGAAACUACGACGCUGUUCUGCUGUGGUGCCGAAGAUGCGACGUGGUGUGCGACGGGUCUUUUCACUUGGUCCUGUGCAAGUACACCCAAAAUAAUGACGCUUUGGACGACCCGAGACAUGUACUAUAUUACUCGAACCGCAUAAAUGAAACGGAGCAACCGAGACCGGAUUUGAAUGGUGUGGUGCCGAUCGCGUCGAACAUCCUCGCAACAAACCUCACAAAAGCACUACCAUUCGACCGAACAACACUCGCACCCGCUGCUCCUAUCCAGCAGAGUGAUUUUCUCUCACAAUCGGUAUAUUUUUAUUUUUUUUCGCUCUUAACUGACGCCAAGUGCCAUUUUGUUCCCGUGUAGAUCUUCCUGAUAGGUGCUUUAUACAUGUCAGAAAUGCUGAGUAUGUCCUCUCUGUAAUCAGCUUCUGAGUUUCAGCAUAUGCACCAAAUCUAAAGCUUCAACACCAGCUCGUUGGCUGCGGCCGGCCCCACAGGUCGUGAUCAAAGUCAUCUGAUGGAGAAGCUAUUUUGGUUGAAAUACGGCCUAAAUCAGGUUGACAUCCUGUACAUUUCGUGUUGGAUGAAGCUCCUUUAUGUUCCUGAUUCUAGGAAAAGUCGUUGUAUUUACAAUACAAAUACUCAAGUUCGAAACUUUUUAUAUUUAAAUUUUAAAACAGUAAAAUGUGAUGCAUUUUUUCAAACAUAAGCCAGACCACACGAGUACAAGAUGCGGGAUCUGUCCUCAUGCAGGCUGGAAGAGGGCGUGACUGAUUCCUAAGUGACCACCUGUAUUUGGUGGCCACUAAAAACAAAAGAAAACUCUGAUACUUCUUCAUUUUGAAAUUAAGAUUGCUGUAAUUUUGUUGUAAACAACACUAACAGAUCGAAAUUUCCUAAAUUCUUUAUUCUCAAAUUUUCCUUCUCCACCACGACGUCAGCCUGCUUCGAAACCACUUUAGCCGGUGACCUUCUUCGCCCGCGGCUUUCGCUUGGGCUUCACCUCCUCCACGGUCUCCUCGUCCUGCUGGGUCAUGUCCUCGGACAGCAUCGAGUUGGGCAUGGUCGACUGCGUCUCAGAAGCAUCUUUAUGAACCACAAACGCUAUUAUCAUGCAUCUUUUUCUCGCUCUUAUACAUGUUUUUCAAGCCAACACCUACCAGGAUUUGGCUUCUGCAUGAGUAAUGUGGGAGGAGAACUGCAAACACACACACUUAUUUGUGGCGCAUAAGAUGAAUCCUUCUUUUUGGCCUUCUUCUCACGGGUGGCUUUGUUGCCGACCGGCUUUUGUUCCUUUUCAUCGCGCUUCUUCACGACACUGGACUCGGACGGCUUGCGGUUGCUGGACGGCGGGGGCUCCACCUCCUUGGACCGCAACUUCACAUUGGCCGGGGUCCCCACCACGGCUUCGUCCACCGGGUUCUGGCCGAAGGGCGGGUCCGAGAACAACGCGUCCAAUUCGUCCAGCGGUUUCUCGAGAAUGGGGCUUUCAGCAAACCAGCUGCUGUCCAUCGCGGGGAUUUGGGGGGACGGCCCGACAAGGUCGAUGCCGCUGGUGUUCAUCCGGGGGGUCAUCGCGGACUCCCCCGGAACGUGCGCCACCUGGUUUUUAUCAAAAUAAAAUUUAAAGAUUGCAAAGCACGCAGCUUCUGAGGUAGUGGUCUAUGUAACCGAUAUCAUGCGGCUUUAUUUUCUCAAACUACAAAACGACCUGGCUGAAAUCGAGAUACAGCUACACAAUAAACAUAAAAAAAUUAAAUUCCAAUCAGAUAGUACUGUGGACGCCGGGAUGGUGGGCGCGGACAUACUCAGCAUGCCGUUCAUCAUGGGGUUCGGCUGGUGGCUCGGGGUGAAGUUCAACUGUUGCACCGGCGACGGGGUAAUGGCACCACUGCCGGCGGCGGACAUCCCGCUGUUCAUCAACAUGUUCGCCAUCGGAGUUUGACAACCAAAUCCCGUCGGGGUCAUUCCGCCGUUCAUCAGCGCGAGCAUCCCCUGCGGAGUGGAGGCACCAGACUGCAUCAUCGGCAUCAUGGGUUUGAUGUGGAUGUCGGAGGAACCCGUGGGAAAGAACUGCGAGGUGAUGUUCGGCCCCUGGACCUGCGUGUACUGAUAUCCAUACGAAAAUCGCGAGUCAAUACACACCCAGAGAUCAGCAUUUUGCUACUAGUUAGGCACUUGUUAGAAAGGUGAAAACGCUAGCAUUCAUAUGCUACAACAUGCGCAGCAACUGACUGCGAACAAGUGCAGUACUGACUCGAGAUUUUCAGACCAUAUGACCGUCGUCAUCUUUUCCUUUCCAAUUUUCCGAAAUUAUGCUGAUAAACUCCUUGACUAAACGCUGUUUUUUUGAAUCCACGACGCAGAUCUGCAUAAAGAACAAAGGAUGUGAUGCUAGUAUCCUUUUAGACGAGGAGUUUCAUCAGCAUAAGAUCAUGAACAGGGCCAACCCGUACUCGCACCGAAAUCCUUGGAUCGGGGCCACGGAAAACACCUUUUUUUUAAAUUUAGAAAAUAAAAUGAAUAACUUUUGCACUGAUCGCGCAUGACAAGCAACGUUGUGCAUACCAUAUGGACCACUGUCAUGCAGCAAGUAAAAGUGUAAGACGCAAUACCAUGUACGGCGACAGUCCGCAGAGAAAGACGAACUGACACCACUGGGACCGGCAGGUGAUGGCCUCGGUGACAUCGUCCAGCGGCUGCUCACAACAGCAGCUCAUCGUGUUGUGGCACUGGUUGGGCAACAAGUGGACCAGUUCUGUGAUGUUAAAAACAAAUACUACACUUCUAAAUUUUGUCAAUCCAAAAACGCAUAAUUUGUCAUGCAACGCAUCAAGUCACGUACUACUCACCAAAACAUAAUAAAGAAUAAGCAUAUACGCUGGGUGGCUCCGGUGAACGGCUGCUUCGAGAUGGCCUCGAUCGGGGUGAUUCCUUGUUGCACCUGGGCCAUGCGAUCCUCUUCUUCUUGGAUCAUCUGCUUCACCAUCGCUUUUUGGUUGGCGGUCCAGCGCCGGACCUGGAUUUGCGUUGGCACACCGCCAGCCGGAGGAGCCAUAACAGCACGCAUCUUUUGUUCCGCGAUUGAUAUUAUUUUGCUUCAGUCACUCGUUUAAAAGUAGUUUCUUUUCCUAAAUCCAAGCAGUCAAUCAGCACAAAAGCAAAAACCAAAACGAAAGAACCGACUUGACCCAAAAUCAACGAGACGAGGCACGACGAGAUCGAACAGACAAUCUAUGACAUUGAAAAAGCAUGUCUGUGGUGGUGUAUGUAGACGACCCAAAGUCCUCACGGGUACGCUUUAGAUCGAAGAGAACACCCAAAAAAUAGAGCUUUCUUGCGCGCAGUGUUAGAGUUGCAACCUUUGCAGUGCUAUUUUUCUUCUUUAUGAUCAAGACGUUCGCGCCUUUUUUCUAUUUCUUUAAAUCCGACGUCAAGACUACUAUCUACACACAGCACACCUUCCACAUACUCAGUUUUUCAAAACGUAACAACUCGAAGUCACAUCAUAGCAGCACAGCCACAGCUUUUUUUCCUUUCAUCUUCGCGCAGCACAGCUCCACUUGCCGCAUCAGCACCUUCGCCGUACCGCCGGUGGAUUUAGCGUUUAGGGACGCAUCCGCAAAGGACCUGGGCGACCUUCUAACUAGCUAGUUUAAUGUGUGGGUUUUGAACUACGUAUUUUAAAUGAACAUUCUUCAAAAAAUAGUAGCUACUUUUUUUUAAAAAUAGUGCUGAAGUUAAUUCCUGAGCGGGUUAUAAUGUCCGUGGCCUGGUUAUAACGGGCUUCGUCCAUCGAUUGUGCCACUAGGGCCUUGUGUUCCGGCUACUCCGGAAGAUCGCAAUCGAUGGAGGGCGGGACCUGCACCGGCGACAGGCGCUAUCCAACCAACCAACCAACCAACCAAGUCUCAGAAUCUUCCAGGCCCAGACAUUUUUACAUUUGAUAGGCCAAGAACCGGGGCAACUACCCGAACAAACUGAACGAGUUCUUGGCGCGGGAGUUUGCUGAGCAGGAGAAAAUCAUGCGCAAAAAGCUGCAAAAGAAAACAGACAAAAUAAUUUCUGCGCAAGAGACGAAGUUGGAGCUGCGAUCUCAACAAAAAAAGGGCAAAGCAGGCAGUGGGAAAAACACAAAGGGGGCAGCACAUGAGCAGGCCGAAAAAAUCGUCGUGGAGGCGGGUUGCGGUCCGAAGAACUCUAAGCAAAUGCUAACGCUGUGCCCGGCGUCGACGAGAGUCAUCAAAUCAACUUCCUUUUUGCAAGCCGACGACAUCAAGACGGAAAUUUUGCAAGCCGUCUUUAAUGUCGAUACCCCAAGCAAACUCCUCAACUCUGCUGCCGAAGCACAGCGCUUGAUUAGCGAUAUUGAGAGGAAAAAUCCCCCCUCCCCAUAUUGAAAAGGUAUGUUUCCAAAAAUUUGUCGUGUUGCGGAUUUGAGGUCACAAAUCACAUCUGUCUUGCAAGAAGACACGGGCAGAAGCUUCCAACCCAUUUCCAUUAUGGGAGCGAUUUGUCAUGCUGUUGGGCCUAAAGGGGGGCCGUUUGCCAUGCUGAACUACUAGACCCAUACGCCCCUAGCUAGCCUGGGGGUCUGGCUGCAGUGCCUCUCUGCAAUACAAAGCAGAUUUGUGGGCACAAAUCAGCAUCACAAAUUUCCGUUUUGAGAUGGGGAGGGGGGAUUUUUCAUUUUGAUAAGCGCGCGCGGGUAUUCGGAGAAAGAUGCUGACGGGAAUCCCAGGGUGUCAAUUUUGCCGUAUCAAAGUGAAAAAAGCCCCCACCCCAUGUCGGAAACGGAAGAUGCGCGAAUUUGUGAUGCUGUAUUUGAGUACACAAAUCGACUGGUAUUGCUAGAAGGCCAAGAGACGAAGCUGCGGCCUAAAUUGCAGGUAAUCUGUCAUGCUGUUUCCCACUUCCAGUUGCCUCCUGUCAUCCCGGAGCUGCAAGGCUUUGCCACCCUAGACAGCACUACAGUCCGCAUCUUUUGCCUUCUAGCAUCACAAAGCUGAUUUGUGACCACAAAUCUGCAUCACAGAUUUCCGCUUUGAUAUGGGGAGGGGGCAUUUUUCAUUGCAAUAUGCCUCUUAACGUGGCGGCACUUGUUUCUUACGGCGAAAACAAGCUGUCCGGUGCAGUAGAAGACCGGCUGACGCCGGACAAGGGUAGAGAUGACAACGAGAAGGGUUUCGUGCAGAGAAAGGUGGAGGAAGCUAUUGGACUGAUGGGCGGCACGGUAUAUGAAUUGCAAAUGUGUCUGGGUUUGGAAGAAUGCAAGUCCAAGUUUGUCAUGCUUGUCAUCUCACAUGAUGAUGAUUCUUAAAUCUGUAAUGCAUGAGCAGGAAAAAUAAAGGCUGGCAGCUUUUCCUUUUUUCUGUCAUGCAAAUAUGCAGUUUGUCAUGCGCAAAGCGAAAUACACAGGAGCUCCAAAACUUGUCACGCGUGGCUGGAUGCUCGCUGCAAUGCGCCCACCGUUCUUCACAAACUAGCGUCACAAGUUUCCAGACCCAGACACAUUUGCAAUGCAUACGGUAGAAAACCUGGUCGAAGCGGUUUUGUCGGGUGUGUUUGUGCGGAUUACCGACCCAAGACUGUCAGGAUAUGCAUUGCAAAUAUGCCUGGGCCUGGAGGGAUGAGGAUGUAACUUGUGCUCCUGGUUUUGGAUUCUGAAAAAAAUUGUAUUGCAUGAGCAGGAUGUGGAGUCCAGUUUUUGCAACGCGGAAUGGCAUUUCUCAUGUGGUAUAGGCAUCAGGAAGUAGCCGUCGCAAAUUCUGUGAUGCUAGGGCAUGCCUCACAGACGUCAGGAGUCAUGCAAAAGGUGCAUGGCAAGCCUUGCAUCUUCCUUCCAGACCCAGACAUGUUUGCAUCUGAUACAUCAGAAGUUGAGACGACUGAAAAACAGCAGCAAGGAAUUUUCAAGUUGAAGCACCCUCAAAAGCAGCAGGGCUCGAGCCAACGGCUGCACCGCCUUCCGGAAAUGGUGCAGCGUGACAUUUUCGGCGGUGAACGUGUUAAGGAGUGCAACGAAGAAGUGUGGGUCUGGAAUGAAAUUCUCUUUUUAUUGCUGGUUCAGGAAUCAUGAGGACGGCGACGGCGCAACCAAAAACUGACGGACAAUCCUAGUUGAAGUUGUGUUUGAGUAUUGUUGCUUUCCAUUCAGAAGUUUCUGCAUGACGAGCGCCAUAGCUGCAAACUGCUUUUUUCGUGACAAAAAAAUGAAGAAGUAGCUUUUUGGCAGCGUGCAUGAGAGACUUGCUAGCCAGCAAGCAUCACAAAGAACUAGAUAUGCGUUUACUUUGUUCCAGACCCAGACAACAUAUUUACACUUGAUGCGCGAGCUCAAAAGGCAACUGAGCUUGACCUUGGACGGGCAGAGCCGAGGGACGAGAAGCGACGAUCGCAGAACAGUGCUGGAUGUUCGCGGCAAGGGCGGGCUGGUCGACGUGUGGCCGCUCGUAACACUGACGCUGGGCGUAGUGGAUGUCCUGGAUCAGUUGCUCCCCGCACAGUCGAUACUUGAUAAGCCGCAAGUGUUCGCGCAGAUCGAGAAUGUGCUCACCGACUUGGUGGUUCCAAAGUUGAACGAGCUCUUCGACCUGAGAUUUUUUCAGAACUUGCUGGUCAGCUUCGACUUUUUUCGGCGAGCCUACUUGCAAAUCGAUCAGAAGCCUGCGCAGUGCUCAGUGGAACAACUCCUGGACCCUGGCGCCAGCGCAACCUGUCGUGCCCUGAGAGGGUCAACAUCUCCAAACCAGAGUCCAGAAGCAACAAAAGCACAAGCAGCGACUUGCCCCUGUCGUUGGGUUUCGUUCGAGACCGCGAAGAACUGCCCCAGAGCUCUGUGGUCCGAAGUUGAUUCUACUUCGCGCGAGGGUUCUCGAAGACCUCUCGCGGAGCAGGAUGACGCGACUCUUCUGCCUAUCCAUUGCAAAGAUUGAUAUCUGGGUCCUCUGGGAAAGCGGGACCGCUGAAGCUUGUUUUGCAUUUCUGCAAAAUCUUGAUCAUGUUCUGUGUUGCAUGACCAAGAACAAAAGUGGCGCCCGAUUCGCCAUGCAAAAACGCAGUGUGUAUGUACUGUAGUGAGGUCACCGGACGGCUCUAGCCGGGGAGUUUUUUUGACAUUUACCGAGAAAAACGGCCGGCGUUUUUCAAUCGGCCGGAAGUGUUUUUGAACGCAAAGAGUUUUGAUUUAUCAAUCGGUCGGGGCGUUGCCAACAAACAAGCCCGGUCGAAUUCUAUCGACUUCCAAUCGAUGGAUAAAACGACGCAGGGGAGCUGGCAAAAGUGGCGCCCUUCUGGGGCGACCCGCGCACCUAAUUCAGCCGAUUUGGGGCGCGAAAGCAAAGUCCGCGAAAAGGUGAAAGCCAUGCCGCAUGUUAUGGCCCCGAUUUUGGGUGCCCAUAAGGUCGGCCCUGGUGGAGCCCCUGGCGGGGCCGUACCGUGCGGGAAAGCGUUUCGUCUCUGAAAGGAGCGGAGGCGUGAUUUUUCAACAGAAAAAAACCAAAGAACGCAAAUGCCGCCACUGGCAGCAAGCUAAUCCGGAUGCUACGGGCCCGAUUUGGGGCGCCCAAGGGGCCGACCCUCGCGGAGGCCCUAGCGGGGCCAUCAUGGCAUGUGGGAAGGCCUUCUGGCUAUGCAGGCUGACUGGAAGCGGGCGACUUGUGGCCGCGAUAUCUAUCUACCGCCCCCGACGCCAUGCAGGGCAACGCGUCGGGGGCUGACAGUCGAAAAAGCCAUUGUGUCCUCACUACCCCCAGGGACGCGGCAACUCUUGGCAUUGAGUAGUCUAUUAGAUUGGUGAUCAUGAGGAUCAAGAUUUUAGAUGCGUUUGCGUACACCGCGUACUGCUAGCUUCUUCUACGCACAAGCAAGCGCGCUAUAAACUUGUCAUGCAUGGCAGCACGACCUGGAUCCGGUUCAACUUGAAUGAUCCGGAGUUCAGCGUCUCAAGUAUCCAGACCCAGACAUGUUGGCAGUGCAUACUACCUCCGGGAGCUGUCCGUCUGUACGUUUUGCAUGUUGCCUCGUGCAUGGCCCCAAGUGGGGCCCAACCGUGCGAGAUGCGGGUUUACGACAAGUACCAAAGCCACGAGCUCGCGGAAGAGGCAAAACGAGUUCAUGACGAGGUGCGCAAUCCCGAACGCCAAGCGGGAUGGUUCGCUGGGAAGAAGGUACGGGAUGCUGACAAAAAGGCUGCGGCGGAAGGCCGGGAUCUGGCUGCGCACUAUGAGAACGAGGUGAAGCUUGCGUUUUUUCACCACAUUCCUCCUAGCGUCUACCGCGACGUGUUGCGCCCGCUGCUAGGAGUGCGAAAAUGGGUUGCGCUCAUUGUCGAAGAUGACUCGCACCGCGGCGGCAAUCAUGCCAAAGUCCGGAAUAGUUUCAGUAGCAUGAGUUCUCCGUGCAGUGUGAAACUGUUCACCGAGCUUUCCGGCGCGCUAGAAAAGGAACUUGCGCUUUUGGAACUUGAAACGGCAAAGCAAACCGCGGAAGCUAUAGCCAACGCAGUGGCCGCGUCGUCCCACUCCGACGCAUUGGGGGAUUCCGCGGUGAGCAGUGAAUCUAAAGGCCGCCGCAAAUUUAAAUACUUUCCAUUCUUCAAUUUUGGUCCCAACAAGUAUCGGAGUGUCAGAUUGGAAAAAGUCGACAAAGUUGAAACGAUUUUGCGCGAUGCAUAGUAUUCAUAGUUGUAAACUCGACGCCACGAGCUGCGAGCUGGAGCCUGCCAAAGCUCUAAGCGGGGCAUGGCAAAUUUUGGAUCGCACUGCUUGGGCAAAGAAGAUUAAGAUCUCGACUGUCUUGUUGCUCGUGCGACUUUAGUAGCUGUUUUUCUGGCUCCAGGCUGCAUGAUAGGCACCACAGUCUUCUACAAUUAUCCCCCUCACUUGAUGUUGCCAUCUGUAGUACAAGGGAUACAUCGCUCAUAAAUUGCGCUUUGCAUAAACAUAAUUUGUAUUUGACAAAUUAUGCGAGGCCACCUCGCAUACAUACGGAAAAUUUCAAUUUCAAUUUUUGAUCAUUAUGAAGAUCCCCAUGCAUUAGCGUUACAAGCUAGCUCAACUCUGUCGAUUUCUCCAGUCUGGCGCUUCCAUAGCAUGGAAAUUGAGGAAAAGUUGAACGCUUUGCUGGAAGAAAAAAAGAAGAGGCAGGACACGCUAAGAACGAUCAAUGGCAAGAAGUGGAAGAAGAAACUAGGCAAUAAGAAGACAUGGCGCAUUGAUGAUGGCGCGUUGUCUAUCCCAAGGAAAAAGUGCUACAGUUAGUACACUGCAUUUUCAUUUACCAUAAAAUCCUGUUCUGCAACGCAUCGUAAAACAUGCUCUGCAUGACAAAAAACUUGCAACGCGGAGAUCAUAAUUGAUGGAAACAGGUACAAAGCGAGACUCGCGAAGCAUUUUGCGCAUGGCGCCAGGGGUCCUCGCCGGUUCUGCAAAAAUACAGGAUGUAACUGUAGCGCUUUUUUCUCAUUCAUAUUGACCUUGUUCAAGUUCGAAAGGUUCCAGUUCCAAGUCACGACCGAAAUCGACGCUAGCAACGGAUACCCGAAGAGAAAACUGGUGCUGGGCUGCAUGUUUCAUUUCGAUGAAAAGGCAGGCGGAGUGUGGAAAAUCCAAAGCCGCGGGGGCGACGGUAGUAGAUCAACAUGCACUGAAGAAGAUGUCACAUAUGCAAAUAUGCGUCCGCCUAAAAGUUCCCUCGGUCCCCUGCCAACUGCAAUGCCUAGUCCCUAACGCCGGGCGACGCGAAACAAGGCAAAGGCAAGGCGUAAAGUAAGGCAAAAACCGCGGAAUCGGAAAUUUUGUUGCAGAAAAAUGUAGAUCAUGGUGUGCUGAUUUAGAUUUUGGAUCCAUGCCCGAGACCAUUUGCAUGUGAUGUUUCAGCAAGAAUGAGCUGUAAAGUACUUACUUUACAACGAAGACGAAGUGCAAGUGGAAAUGCUAAAAGAAGUCCUAUUCGUUCUUGUCGCCCACGGUUCUACUCUAUCUGUGGUCGACGGUCAAAGCACACUUACUCUGUUUGGCUUUUGCAUCCAGAUACUUGUUUUAUUUCGUCUCCUAUCUAUAAAUGGGCUCUCAAGCAUGAUUUUUUUCAACUAUCGUCUCACAAAAAUUAAAAAGUCGAAGUCCCAUUUUCUGUUUUGUUUUAUUUUCAUGUUUAGCUUUAAGGUAGUCUUUGUCAUAGUAGUUGCAGCGAGGAAACAGAACCAAAAGUAACGCACUAGGUAGGUGAUGUCUGAAGAAUAGGUAAGUUUCUCUUCGGUUGUUUUUUGCCUCCAGCAAGUGUAUUUGAAUUCGGGUCCGUCAUCCUCUUUCAUCGUCGCAGAUAAGUACACCAUAAGUGAGUAGCCUUUCAAUGCCAAUUAAAAAGGUUAUUUUUUCAAAGCGUCCUUUUUUUAUUUUUUGUUUUUUGUAUUCUAGCGUCAACAGCGCUCGACUAACAUAGAUGUUUUUCGCUUUUGUAGUUCUAGUUUCUUGUUUGGUAUCUUUAUUUCAGUUUUUCUUUUUUGCUUUCAGAGCUCGGAGAAGGCUUUUGCUCGAGCGAGCUUUCAACUUUUCGGGUUUCUUUACAAAACAAGCGAAAUGUCUCAGCAGCUACCUGCUUCGGUUGUUAACCGAGAGAACAAGGUCAGCUUUUCAAGCUGUGGGAAAACAAAAAGUAGCGGUUUAAUUGAUGGAAGCAUAAGCAAGUUUAAUGCCUCUCUUUUUCUCAGCUCCAAGCCAAGGCAGCAGUAGCAACGUUGUAUUUGUAAUAUUCGAAUAGCGCGAGAAGCAGGCGGAAGUGGAACGCAGACGAUUGUAUUACUUAGGUGCUCAGCUUUUAUGUUCUUUUUUUUUUCAUUUUGUUCCCUUUUUUUCCUUCUUUUUCCCCUUUUUGUUAAUUCCACAACGGGAAUUCGGUUUCGUGUCGUGUGUUGACUGUGCUCGUAGAGCAACCAAGUAGUUACUUCGUUAAGUAGGGUCGUAGCUACGUGAAAAGGGUCUAGCUAAUAACAUGAUGACGUGAAUGCACGGAGACCUCUCCUGAACUAAUUCUGCCUGUGCCUGGCUCAAGCCUUGUGCUUGCUGCCUAUCUGCUAGCAAAUGAUAUACUUUGUUUUUGGAGUGCGUGGCACUCCGUCGCUGGUGAGCUUCCUGGUGUUCUCAUGCGUUGCACGAUCCACAGUUACGGAACCGAGUCGGUUUUCUGUUUCAUUUUUGUUUUUUUUUUUGUUCGUUGCCAUGCUUUUUUUCUUUGUGUGUCGGACGUCACCCACUGAUUCCCGACUACAUUUUCGACCCUCGCGGAUUUGCUUCUUAAGUAGCUAACUUCAAAGCAAAUCCCCGAGAGUCGAGUUACUUUUUAGAGUAAGCUUAAAGCUCAGCGAAUGAUGUUCGCUGACUGCCCUCCGGAAUAUUUCAGUUUGUUUUCGAUUGUCCAAAGUAUAUUUUUUUUUCCCGCCUUUUUUUUUUUCCUUCACGUUGCAUUUCUAAUGUUUCGCAUGAUUUUAUCGAUUUCGCCUAAACUCAUCUUACGUUCUUUCAUCGGCACUAGAACUAGCAAACCAAGUGGCAUGACUUAUUGUGAUUAGGAUCAUCAUGAUAAUUUAUUUACAGCUAGCAAGUGAAUUGUUAAUGUUUUCGAGUACAACUACUUUCAGCACUAUCACGACGACGUCAAGCCCAAUAAACGUACUAGCAGUAUAACUGCAAAAGCAAGAUGACCAAUUCCAAUAGUAAUGGAGACGCGACGAGAUACGUAGCACAAGAACUAUGAAUCGAAGAACUAUGAAUCGAAGAACUGUUUUAUUUUUCCCUACAACUCCCGACCAUCUGUGUGCUGGUGGCGUUUGUUUAUAUAUGGAUCCUGCGCUUGUUUUCCAAACAGUAACAGACCAGGAGUUCUUGCUGCGCUCAGAUCAUGCAGGUCCAGAACAAGACUAAGUAAGAUAUGACAAGUCGAUCGCUUAUUUAUAUUUUCAUACAGCUGUCCAUGUCCU